AUUUGGUCAUUUCACUGUCAGCUCACCAUCUCCUCUCGCCCACUCCCAAUCAUCCCAUAAUCCACACCACCAUAAUCACAUCCCGGGCUGCUGCCUAGUGCUCUCCAUUUCAGCCUCUUCCCACUAUCAUGUAGCAUUCAGGCUUUCCCAUCGUUCGAUGCGAAAAUGGUGUCGUUCUCCGUUCCCAGCUUCAGAUCCACCCCGACUUCCUCGCCGCUGCGUCCAAACGACAGCAGCACCAACAGCAACACCAACAAUGCCUCCUCCGCUAUGAUCAGCGAACGCGCCCUGCGCAACAACCCUUUCGGAAUCACCUCCCGGACCCGCACGAGCGCCGCCUUGAAACCCGCCGCCGAGGAUUGGAGACGCGAACAAGAAGAGCUCAACCAGGCCUUGCAAUCCCUGGCCCGCAUCUUCCCGGACAUCCGCGUCGAAGUCUUCCGCGAACUCCUGGUCCGAUUCGACGGAACCAGCCGUCUGCAUGUCUGCGUCGAACAGCUCCUAAGACAUAAAGAAGAAUGGGUGGCGGGCCGAUGGAACGUGCCGGGUGGGACAACGGGCAGCACCGCUGAUGGGGGCGCAGCAGCAGCAGUAGAUACUGCGUCGACUGCGACGGCGACUGCCAGCGGAGGUGAUCCCCUCGUCAUCCCUCCCCACGAGCUCUUCCGAUCCCCUCGAUACAAGGCCGCUGUGAAGGCUGCCCUAGCCAAGGAGUUCAGCGCGUUGAGCAAGAGUACGGUAGAGGCGGUGCUGGCGGAAGUAAACUUCUGCUACCUGCGCGCCCGUCCGACCCUCCAGGACCUCUCGCGCAAGACCUGGCGGGCGACGCUCAACAGCUUCCUGCCGUUGUUCAAACGCAGCCGCGAGAAGAAUGAGCAUCCUCUGGUGGUGUGGCAGCGGCCGGCCGCGGCGGAUGGGGAGGCGGUCCCGAGGCUGAAGGAGACGGGCUGCGAGGAGCUGGACCGGGAGUUACACGAGGCACUGCUGGCUCCUUUGCUCCGAACCCGGAGGGAAGAGCAGGAACGCAAGGAUCUGGCGCUGGCAGAGACGCUGAACGAGGACGAGGCCAAGGCGGCGGAGGCGCUGUACGAAUGCGAGUGCUGCUUCGCGGAUGUGACCUUCGAGCAGAUCGCGACGUGCUCGGACAGCAUGCAUGUCAUCUGCUACGGCUGCAUCCGCCGCACCAUCCACGAGGCGCUGUUCGGGCAAGGGUGGAACAAGUCGGUCGACGUCGGCCGCGUGACCCUGAAAUGCAUUGCGCCUUUUGGUGGUGGUGGUGGUGGUAGGCAAGAUCAAGACGGCUGCUGCCAGGGGUCGCUGAGCGCGGCGGUCGUGAAGCGGGCGAUCCAGCUGGACCGCUCCGGCGCGGAGACGUACGCCAAAUUCGAGGCGCGGGUGGCCUCCGACGCCCUGCGCAAGUCGCAGCUCAAGCUCAUCCACUGUCCCUCGUGCGCCUACGCCGAGGUCGACCCGAUCCACCACCCGUCGUCCGCGCUGGUUUGGCGCUUCCGCGGCGAGGGCCUCAUCUCCAGUUUCAUUAUCGCCGUGUUCAUCCUCGACCUGAUCCCCCUCCUGCUCAUUCCGGUCACAGUCAUGUACCUGCUCAACCCGGCCGCGAUCCGCGCGACCUUCCGCACCGCCCUGCUCAACACCACCCUCCGCACCCGGCCCAAACGCUUCACCUGCGCCAACCCUGCCUGCCAGCGCGUCAGCUGCAUCGCCUGCCAGAAACCCUGGCGCGACCCGCACGUCUGCCACGAACCGCUGCUGUUGGACCUGCGCGCCACCGUCGAGGCCGCCCGCACCGCGGCGGUCAAGCGCACCUGCCCGCGCUGCGGGCUGUCGUUCGUCAAAUCCACCGGCUGCAACAAACUCACCUGUGUCUGCGGCUACUCGAUGUGUUAUCUGUGUCGCAAAGCGCUGACUUCGACGUGGACUGGUGGGCUGGGUGGUGGACGUGAGCGCAACCGCCGUCGAGCACCAGCGGCUCGUCGCCGCCACAACGCAGAGAACAUCCCCUUGCACCAACGGAACUUUCCAGCUCAACCCCACAACCCUGACCCUGACUCCGAAGCCGAAGACGAAGUCGUCGUCGAUGACGACGAAGAAGAGGAAGAAGAGCUAGAAGGCUACAAACACUUCUGCCAGCACUUCCGCAUCAACCCAGGCGCCCGCUGCACCGAAUGCACCAAGUGCGAGCUCUACCAGGACGAAGACGAGGAGGCCGUCGCCCGCCGCGCCGGCGAGAAGGCCGAGCGCGAAUGGCACGCUCGCCACCGCGGCACGGCGACCGCUGCCGCCGCGGGCGCGUUGCAUGUGAAUCGGGAUUUCUCGGUGCGGUCGUCAAAGGAGGGUUUAGGCAGAGGGCCGAAAUGGUCGUGGACGUAUCUGGUGGAGGAGGUUUGGAGCGAGGGCCGGUGGAAGGUCGAGGCCCAGGCGUUUGUGGAUUGGGUGGUGGAUUGCGUGGUUGUUGUGGAGGAGGGUUAGUUUGGUUUCGGGGUUAUGAUGUGAUGAUUGAUGACUGCACUGCGUUUUUGUUUCCGUGGUGGUUUUGGGGUGGGGGGCUUGAUGUUGGAUAUUUGUGCCCUCGAGGGAUUAAGAGAUAGAGCUAGGAAGCGGUGCGGUUGUUUUUGAGCUUUGAGCCUUAUGCUUUGUAAUGAGAUAUUACACUGUGCUAUCUUAGUAGGCAACAGGGACCUGUGCUUGUUGUCCCUUCGCACCUCAAUACUUGCCGUAGAGAACGGGAGAAGUUGGCUGGUC